GUGGUGUUUGUCUAAAUGCAGUUGAUAAAGCUCACUUUGACUUAGACUUUUGCAUCAUUUGAACAUGAAUAACACAGUGGAGGAUAGUCCUGAGCCACAGCUGGCAUAUGCUGUGAUCUUUGGCUGUAUUAUGGUUCUGGGUUUACCUCUCAACGCUGUGUCACUAUGGAUCCUUCUUCGGCGCCACAGCCUCAAAUCACCCAACGUUGUGUUCAUGAUCAACCUGGCUGUGUCAGACCUGCUGCUCAUCAUCUCCCUGCCGUUGAGGAUCUACUCCUAUGCCACGGGUACCUGGACCUUUAAUACGGUGGUAUGCAAAAGUGCUAAGUUACUUUUGUACAUGAACAUCCGCACCAGCUCCAUCUUCAUCACCUUCCUCAGUGUGGACCGACUGUUGGCUGUUGUUUAUCCACUGAGGUCUCACCAUGUGCGGACGGCUUCCAACGCCAUGAAAGCUGCUGCUCUGGUUUGGCUGACUCUUCUACUGAUAAACAUCAUUGAGGUUGUAAACCCUUCAAGAGGUUCCAACAAAUACAAUGAAUCUUUUUGUUUUAAACGUGGCCCCGAUAAGCAGGAUCUUCCCGCGAUCAAGAUGUUCCCACAAGCAGCUAUUUUUCAGCUUGUGCUUCUGGUGACCCUCCUGACAGUCAAUGUGGUGUCUACUCUUCUGGUGUCUUGGACUCUACACAAACAUCUCAGUGACUGUGCACAUGUCAACAACAAGGUAGUCUACCAUGAGGACUCCUUCACAAUCCCAAAAAACUGACGCCAUCACCUUCCCAACAGACGCGACUUGCUUGAACUUCUUGGGAGGUGGGGAUCCAUGGUGUUUCCAUUCCUUACUUUGGAGUUUGGAUUCAGGUUCGAAGUGAUGAACCCAUGUUUCAUCCUGAGUCACAAUUCUCCUUUGAAAAUUCUCAGGAUCAGCAUGGAAACGGGUCAAAAGUGUCCUGGAAAUGUCCACUCUCUUCAGCAUUUGUUCUGGUGUCAGCAUUCUUGGGACCCAUCUUGCAGACAACUUGUGCAUCCCCAAUAUAUCCGUGAGGACAUGGUGUACUGACCCAACACUGAUGUCUGUAGCCUUGGCUAUUUGUUGGACUGUCAUGCAUCUGUCACUUAGAACCAUGCGGUGAAUUGCAUCCACUUGUUCAUCAGAACUUGAGGUUUUCGGACGGCCUGAUCAAGGAUCAUCUUCCGUGCUUGUUCUGCCUUGUUUGAAUUCAGCAGCCAAUUUUUUCACAGUAGAAUAGGCAGGACAUUCCUUUCCAAGUGUACUGACCAUGUCUUCAUGGAUUUCUUUUGGUGUCAUACCCUUCUUAUGGAGAUAUUUGAUCACUGCACGCAACUCUUGUUUCUCCAUUUCUGCUGUUUUGUGUGCACCAUGUAACUUUGAGAAGUUCUCUGGAGGCCAGUUGUGAAAAUAUCAAGCUUUACUCAUGCAUACAAUUUAAUGAGUCAUUACCGAUUUGACACGGACCAAUGCAUUUGAUUUUUACUCAGUAUUUCUGGGUGAGGCCAUGAACUUAUUGAACAGCCCUCGUACUUGAUUUUGCACUGAACUGAAUGGACUCUAUGCACAGCCCCACUACCUCCUGAACUUCAGGUGGGUCCUUUAUUUCCUGUCUUUCAUUAUUGAACACACUGAUUAAUCCAGGUGUGUCUUCUACUUGUUGCUGUGACUACUGAUGAAUUAGGCACACCUGGAUUAAUCAGUGUGUCCAAUAAUAAAAGACAGGAAAUAAAGGACCCAGGAAGUAGUGGGGCUGUGCAUAGAGCCCAUUAACCCCAUGUUGCUCAUCAAAAUUAAAUCAGUGAAUAAACAGUAAAUCAUUUUGUACAAACUCAACAUUGUCACUGCUUUUGUUUGCUGCAAAGUGAUGAUUAAAUCACAUUAAAAUCAGUUUAUCUCAUUAAUUCCG